CUCUUCUAGCUAUAAAAGGUCUCGCCUAUUCAGAAUUGCAAUCACAUUUUCCUAGCAACUUGUGGAAGUCAAACGCUUGAGGAGCACCAUGCAAAAAUUAAUCAUCCUAACGGUUGUGCUGCUGGUGCGAUAUUCCACAGCACAAAUUUUUUGUACCCCAAAUCAAGUAACAUGCAACAGUGCUCGUACACAAUACGUUCGUUGUCCCGCAGACGGAAUGUUUCCAACUAUGACUCCGAUGUACACAUGUCCUACGACUCCUAUGAUGUCCUAUUGCGUUGCUACUGUUACCAAUGGAUUAGCACCCACAGAAACACCAGCUGAUAAUUCUGGGAUGUCUCCUUGUUUAAGAGUUACAUGCAGCGCAGCAGGAAUAUUUGGUUCAGGACCUCCAGCGUGCGAUGUUUUCUAUACUUGUGCACAAGGUAGCACCAUCCCCUCUUCCGUCAACACAUGUCCCACUGGUCAGCACUUCAGAAGCAGCACUCGAGAGUGCGUGGCACCAGAGCUUGCUGGAUGCGAUCCAAACUUGCCAACCCCUACUCCAACAAUGACACCAACCAUGACCCCAACAGUAACUGGAACCCCAACCGCCCCUACAGUAACUGGAACCCCGACCGCCCCUACAGUAACUGGAACCCCGACCUCCGCUACAGUAACUGGAGCCACUCAGACCCAAACCGCCACAGCCACCCCAACCGCAACUCAGACCCCUACACCUACACCGGUAGUGCCCAUGUGCGCCGGCAUAGGAAGAAUUGUGGAUUCCACCAGCUGCAGGAGUUUCUACAAGUGCGGAUUCUUCAAUCAACGCCCCAGGAAAAUGCGGUGCCCAUUCCAACUUCGAUAUGACACAGGCUCAGGUCGUUGCAGAAGGAAUGUUAACUGUGGAUCGAGGCCUGAUAAUUAACGAAUUUGAAAAAAAAAAUACUCUUGGGUUGUUCAAAAUAAUCUAACCAAAUCUUUGAAAAUUAUAUUUAAAUAAAUCUAUUUAUUUAAUCAAGUUUAAUAGCAUCCUCAGGUCUUAUGGAAAUCCACUCUAAAACAUUAAGGCACGUUGAACAUAUGUGUUAAUUUAUUCCAUAGCAAAUAGAUAAUUGUGUUUAUUUAUCAAUAAAAGUACAUUGCAGUUA